UACAAUACAUAUAGAGGAAGAAAAAGAAAAAAUGACUUAUAACUAACUUGUACACUGUAUAUAAUUAUACUGAAAAAGGUGAACACUCAGCAUAAUGCCAGGUCCUACUGAAGUAGUACGCUGACGCUGGUCUUCCGUGGACACCUGUAGGGAGCGUAGUUGCGCGCAGCUACCUUUUUGGCAUUUAACAAAUUUAACACAUAUCAGUGAAAGAAAAAGGAUUAAAGUCAAAUGGAGUUUUAAAAGUUUUAAUCAUGUGUCGAAAGACGGCAGUAAAUUUACAGUGGCUACAAAAGUUUAUUUGACAAUCCACCUCUAUUUCAAUCUUUCCUACUAUUACGUGAGAGCUACUGCAUUUUAAGCUACUGAUAACAUAAAAUAUUUGAAAAAUUUCUUCGAAUUCUCCAGAAAAGCUAUUAUCAAACCCUAAAUUGGUAACAAUGGGGCCAACUGUGAAGUUCCAACUGCAAAAGGAAUUUUUAAAUCUCUGUACAUCGUCGUCUGAAACUUUGGAUUGUGAGGCAUUGUAUAAGUACUGCGAGCUUUUAAACGUUUGCAUAUUUAGUGUCCCUAUAAUCUAUAAGUACAUUUUUUAUUUCAUAACUGAACAUAACGACCAUUAUUAGUAUGUUAUACAACCAUAAUUUACACGUAAGAUAAUUUAAGCGGUUAGACAUGGAGAAAAAUUAAAGUAGUAAAAAUACAAUACCUAGGUAUAACCAAUUUUUAUAGCCUGACAUGAUUUGACGGUAAUCAUUUCUGUAAGUCACGCUGUUCUAAGGCGAGAAGGCUAGAACUAAUAAAAUUAUAAGAAUUAGAAGUUCAUCGUAAGCAGAACAUGUAAGUGAAUACGCGUAAGAACUACUUAUAUAUGUAGUACCUACUAAGAAAUAUGUGUAAAAUAAAAAUAAAUAAAUUUUAUUGUGUUGAUAAUCAAACUGUACAAUAAAUAAUAUUGUCGUACGAUAAGAAUUUGCAAUGCCAGUCAAUUUGGUGUUAUAGUAUUGUUAUAAAAUGGACCUUAACGUCGAGCUACUUUUCUUACUUGGUGCAGUAACGACAUGCGUAGGGGACCUUUCAAGUGGUAACUUAUGUGGAUGUAAGAUGGUAAGACAAUGCUAUGUGGAUAUGCUACUCGAUCUGCAUGAACAGGACGAGGCUAUGUGCAUCGACGAUGUCGAAGUCGGCACCAGUACCUAUUUGGUUUAUUUCAAAGCGCUGCAAAAGUAUUGCAGCUCAGUUUUUAAUGUCACGUCUGAAUACAUGACGGUGGAAUCGAGAAAUCUCUUCGAGGUCACGGUAUACUUUCCAAAAGAAGAAGAUAGAGAUAAGAUAAACGUACCAAUAAUUCUGAUGGAAGCUGGACAGACCGGGGGCGUGGAGCCAGUGAGAAUAAUUUUGUCGUUUAUAGAACGCCUGGUGGCGUGCGAGGAGAAUGAACAUAUGAUUCAGAACGUGCGAUGGGUCUUCCUUCCAUGCACAAAUCCUGAUGGCAUGGAGUAUGUACGAUUUGAUCGUCCCGAUUGGGGAAAGAAUACAAGAAAAUUGGAAGGUGGUGGAAGUUAUGGAGUUGCCAUUUCUAAAAAUUUUGACUCUCAUUGGAACGAAUGUGAGAAAGUCAGAAGUAUGCUCGACAUAAAUUACCCUGGCCCGUCGGCUGCUUCCGAAAUCGAAACUAAAUUCGUCAGAAAUGCGCUUUUGAAGUAUAAGGAUGAUAUAAAGGCUUAUUUAUCACUUAGGCGAGAAGGCCAGCACGGGAUACUGUAUCCACACGCUUUUUCGGAUAAAUCUGAUGAUGUCGAUCCUCGUCAAGUGAAAGUAGCUGAACUGAUUAGCUUGAAGGUGAACCAGCGCGGCGGAAGUCUUCAGGCAUUCGUCAACGACAGCAUCUACAGAAUAAACGGGGAACCGGUUUGUGGAAACAGUGUGGAUUACGCGCACGCGCAGGGGAUACAACUGCCGUUUGAGCUACGUGUGGGUUUUGAAAAGGACUUACAAAUCCUAAAAACGUUUCAGACUGUGAACAAAGGACACGAUGCACUUCUAAGGGCCUCGUAUUUCAGUGGCAUUAGAGAACUUCAUGCUUUAGUAACUUCAGCUAAAGAGAUUUAACCAUAUUUUCGCUUUAACAAAUAUUAUUUAAAUGUAUUAGGGUCAUAAAUAUACUUGUAAGUUAUUGAGAUUAGCAAUGUAUUAGAAACGGUCAGAAUAAUGCAGUAGGUUCCAAAAAAUUUUGUACUACAAAUUGGGCAUAAUAACAUGAAUUGAGCUAAUAAAUAUUAUGUACUUAGUUGAACAUCUAUUACGAUACAAUAUUUAUUUAGUACAUAAUGGUGUAUCUAUGUUGGAGGAGUCACUUUUUCACUUUUGGGUAGGAUGUCGGUCAUGCGCCGUGGCUGCGGGCCACCGCGCGUGCGCCAGGGGUGGGGCCCGUGGCCGUUCAGCCCGCUGCCACUCCGUACUCGGCCGUGGCGGCGGCGCCGCGCUUGGCUCCAGAGCCUCGACAUCCUCACUUCCUAGUACCACUCUCGAUAACUUAGCCGCCUGUGCCGGUCGCGCAAACCAACACCGCAUUAUACUCCUUCGUUUCUUCUUUUCCAUUCGAACUAUAAUUUCUGGUUGACAAUUUGUUUGCGUAGUGAUUUUUAUAUUUUGAGUUCAUUUUCCAAAAAUGAUGAAAAACCAAAAAUGAUGUUUU